AUGUAAAGUUAACAAAAUCAGUUCAGUUUGGUUAGCAGGAAAACGGCGAAUAAGCACAUGAUUGCUCAGACGAAGAAUCAGUGUCACCGACUACAGUACUUGAGUUGUUUUGCAUUUCUCAGCAUGGGUUCACGCAACUUGGUCAUCUUGUUAUCUGUACUAGCUAUAGCUCAGCACCAUUUUUUGUUUAUAAAUGCAAAUCCUGCUGUCCUGGGUAGUAACAGCGAUGACAGCGAGUCUGUUUCUAUGGACAAUCCAAUGCUUAGCGGAUCGAGGGGAAUACGAAAGAAUGCCGUUCUAGCAAUGGCCCCUUCACAGCCAUUGCUCGAGAAAGCACCUGAAAUUGUUUAUUCAGGUUUGCAGCGAAAUGCAUUUGGUCCCGUAACUGGAACACCACCUCCCUCAGCACAAUGUUCUUCAACCGUUAAAGAUAUUCAGCUAGGAUUCCGGAAGGUGAUAAACGAUUCCUCUUCAGAUUUGAAAGCGUUUUUCACUGACAUAUUAGACAAGGGUGCGACUGAUUUGACGUGGGAAUGUUCCAAAAACAACGGGGAAUCCCCCACAAUGGUAGAGAGCAAACGCGAAAACAUUAUAACUAACCAUCAAUGGGUUACCGAAAAAUUUAAACUGUAA